CGUCAUGUGGAGAGGCGCCGGCUGAUGAGGCGGUUCCGCCGCCUUCCCGGCCCGCCUCGUCAGCUCCUAGCACCGACGGAAGGUUCGGUGGUCGUCCGGGACGCCUCCGGGACCACUCCGGGCUGCGGCGGCUGGCUCUAGCCCUGUUUGGACCUUUUGGUCACUUAUUUUUGAAAGAAACCUGCCUUGCUGCUUGCGCUUGGUUACUUUUUCAGCUCUAGGUUUUGCUUGUGUCUUCCUGAAAGUAACGAUUUCAAGAUGCCAGGGGCUGCAAGAAUUCUGUUCAACUCCGUGGAUUCCUCUCUCUCAUCUCUGAAAAACUGCCAGUCUUACAUAAAUACUGGAAUGGAUAUCACUACUCACGUUGCCCUUGACCUCGUGGAAAGUUUCAAUGAUGUGGAGGAUGUUAACAAUAUGGAAAAGGUCAUGUUAGAAUAUGCUGCAAUGGACAGAGAACUUAAUCAUUAUAUGAAAGCAAUCGAAGAAACGGUAAAUCAGAUAAAACGAGAGAAACCAGAAAAUAUACCAGAUUUAAAAUACUUAGUGAAAGAAAAAUUCACUGCACUGGAAAGCAAGAACAGUGACUCGGAUUUGGAAAAGAAUGACAAAUAUUUGUAUUUUAAGGAUCAACUUAAAGAGAUGAGAAAACAAUUUCGCCUUCAAUCAGAUAGUAAUGAUAAUGAUGCCAUUGAACAAAUCGAUGAAGAUAUAGCUGUGACUCAGAGUCAGGUGAACUUCAUUUGUCCCAUUACACAGGUGGAAAUGAAGAAGCCGGUUCGAAACAAAGUCUGUGGGCAUUCCUAUGAACAAGAUGCCAUUCUAAAAAUUAUCCAGACUCGAAAGCAGCAAAAGAAAAAAGUCCGCUGCCCUAAAAUUGGCUGUAGCCAUGAUGAUGUAAAAGAAUCAGAUCUAGUGCCAGAUGAAGCACUUAAAAGAGCGAUUGACAGUCAGAAUAAACAAAGCUGGUCAGCGCUGUAGAAGUCAGCUGGAUAUGUUGCUGCCACAAAGAAAAUUUGUUAUUAGAGAUCUUGUGAGAUAAGCUGCUGAUUGUAAGCAGGUUGUGUAACCGAUUGUUAUUUAAAGGGUUUCAUUUAUAGGCAAAGUUGAAGGUCUCAGCUGUAACUGGAAGUGCUUUUUUAAACUGCCAAAUAUGAGGAAUUCCAGUGUAGCUUGUUGUUUUCUCACCUUCCUGAAAUUCAAAAAUCUUAUAUUUGAUAAAUAAAAUGUGUUUUUCAUCAUUUAA